AUGAACCGCAUACCUCCAGAGGGGCCUCAUGCGCCGCCCGCGCAUGCAGUCUAUGAGCAUGCCUGGGCUCGUCCGCCAUACCCACCGUCCUUCGACAGCCAUCCAAACCAUGCGCCAGACCGACGACCCUCAAGCACCCAGCCACCGAUGCCCGGCCAGGGAUACCACCCCGUCCCUCUGAACCGAGAGCUCCCCCAGCUCCCCCCGGAUGGUCCAUAUGGUCGCCCGAACAGCUUACCUGGGCCUGCGCACCCUGCUGCACACCCGCCCCCUCACCCGCAAGAUCCGACCCCUCCUCCGCACGCAGGAUAUCGACCUGCCAUGAAUGGCGCUCCUCACGAGUCUUCUCCGCAUUCUGCGCCGCCAGAGUAUCGCUCGCGCAUGAGCUUUCAAUCCGAGACAUCUGGACCUGGCGAGGCAACACCGACAUCUGGCCCGCUGCCGCCUUCAUCGUUUAUGCCACCUGGUCCACCAGUCCCCCCCGGGACACCGGUUCCGUAUGAUCCUAGCUAUUACUCGAACCCGGCUUUUGGAGCUCGUCAGCGCAAGGCGGCUCGUGCGCAGCAAGCUUGCGAUCAGUGUCGAGCGAGAAAGGCAAAGUGUGACGAGGGACGCCCGGCAUGCAGUCAUUGCAAGGAGAACAACCUCAUGUGUGUUUACAAGGAGGUUCCACCUCAUAAGCAGGAGAAGAGUGCGCAGCUGGUCGUGGAUCGAAUCAUGGAGCUGGAGGAUAAGAUGAAUGAGAAAUUCGAGAAUCUCCACAAGAUCUGGAAAACACAGGAAACCGCCUUCAAGGAACAGAUGAUGCAGCGCCAAAUGCUUACGGAUAUUUUGUCGGCGAUUGGAGGCACAGAUCCGCCACGACUGGCCCCUUCUCAAACUAUUCCAGCUCUUCCACCCCCUCCUGUUCCUACCAUCCCCGUCGUUGGCCCUCCGCAAGAAACGCUGAUGAAGGUAGAGCCCACACCGACUGAAGCGUUCGAAGAACCGCAGGCUUCGACAUCAUUUUAUUCACAAACCAGCCUUGACGCCGCAGGACAACCGAUUUUGAAUGCCAGUUUCGAGGACAGUGCAAAGAACGAUAAUGAAGGAGAGCUGUCUAUCCCCGUGGAACACACAACGGCAGCACACAAGCUUCUCAUGUGGCCGUCCAUCAAGAGACUGCUUAACGCGGAAUAUGACGAGGAUUAUGUGAUGCGCCUGGAGGAGCAAAGGGGUCUGAUCAGUGUUUAUGGUCAGGGCGAGAUCUCUUACACAGCCGACGACACGUUACUUCCAGCGCCCCCUCUGCCGAACGAGGACGGUGGCUACAGUGAAAAAUUAUCAAACCCGGACGGAACGUCAAAGAUUCUGAGCUCGACCUCAUCCACAGACGUGGAUGCGGAAAUCGAUCGAUUUGGACGCCUCAAGUUGGACGGAAAGACAGCUCAUCGAUAUUCCCAGAGCUAUCUCAACCGCAUGCACAAACUGCACCCUUUCCUGUGGCAGGAGGAGAUUGAGAUAAAGGUCGAUGCCUUCAUCAGGACAUAUUGCCCACGAACAACGUCGCCGUCAUCAGAGCCGAAUACACUGUGUCGGGAUAAAAAGCGCAAACGCUCGCACGAGGAUCUUCAAGGGGUUCGAGGCACGUCUGCGGAUCCUUCCUCGUCCCGGCCCCGGGUGGGACGGAAUAUCGAUAACGCUAUUGUUCUUCUUGUUCUGGCACUGGGUGCUAUUUGCGAGCACAAGUCUCCCCUCCCUGGCCCCAUCAUGGACCAGAAAGUCGAGGACUACCGGGAUCAGUAUAUCCCUUCGCCUCUUGGACCCAUCCCCCCUGGACCACCACUGCAACCUGUCAACGGCGCUGCACAUGCUCCGAAUGGUGUCCUCUCACCUCCAAACUCCGAAUCCAUCGUGCCUCAUAAUUCCGACUAUGCGCCGCACUUCCAACAUACCCAGACUUACUCUUCCGAACCAGACCCCAAGCAAAAUCUUUCCAGGCGGACCAUCUCCGCUACUACUGAUGAGUAUGGUCAUGUCAAGAAUUUGCAAGUCAUUCCUGGUCUCGCACUGUACGGCUACGCCACCACUAUUCUCGGUUUGCUCCAAGGCGGCGUAGAGUUGCAGCACGUUCAAGCAGGUCUGCUUGCCGGUCUGUAUGCUGGCCAGCUAGCACACCCGUUCCAAAGCCACGGCUGGAUUUGUCAGGCAGCCCGCGCAUGCCAGGUACUCGUCCGGCAGAAACGAUACGAACGACUUCCGGAAGGGCGGACUCAGGACCUGUUUAACUUUGCCUACUGGACCUGUCUACAGUUGGAAAGCGAUCUCCUCGCCGAGCUCGAUAUCCCCGCUAGUGGUAUUUCUCGUUCUGAAGGUCGUAUUAACUUGCCUAAGGGUCGCUUCACCAUCGAUAUUCCAGACGAUUUGGAAGCGCGUAGCACACGUAUGAUGCUGUUCUACUCGGCUCAGAUUCACCUCCGCAAAGUCCUCAAUCGCGUUCAUACUGAUCUUUACAAAGUCGACAAGCAAGGUGAAACAGGUCGAUGGUCUUCGAGCGUACAAGAAACACUAAGCAUGAACUUGGAGCUCUGGCGUUCUAGCCUUCCAGACACCAUGAACUGGAAAGACAACGAUCCGCCCGCUUCCGAUAUCAAUGCCGCGCGCAUGCGCGCUAAGUACUACGGUGCCCGUUAUAUUAUUCAUCGACCCCUACUCUAUGAUGCCCUUCACUACGGCCAGACUGGUGCCCGCAUCAGCGCCUUGCCCAAGUCCUCUGCUGUCGAUUCGCCGACCGGAUCCGCCUCGAACUCACAAACACAGCAGAUGUCACCAUCUAUGACUCAUGCCUCUGGUCGCGCCAGCAGCGCACACAUGCAACGCAUGCUGAGCGAUGUUGGCUCGGCGCCCAGCAGCCUCUCUUCUUCGUUCCCGAACGGCUGGACCCCGCCAACUAUCAUCUUACGUGAACUGGGAUCCAAGCUGCGCCGCGCGUGCAAAGUCUGCAUCGAGUCUGCUAUCCUGAGUACCGAGGCGUUCGAUGGUGUCGAAGACCGACUCAUUGUGACGAAUAUCUUCGGCACGGCCCAUGCCCAAUUCGGCAACAUGCUCGUUCUCGCUGCAACUUACACCUCCAGUCUCUCCGAACUCGUCGAGCGUCCCGUCCUCCAGCGUUUGCUCAACCGUACCAUUCGCUUCCUUCUUCGCAGCCAGAACAUUUCGCCCACUCUUCGCGCCGACGCUCGCAUCCUUACCGAGAUCUACACCAAGAUCUUCCAUCGUCCCCCUGAACUCAACGAACUCGGAACGGCGUAG